CUCCCCGCUGCUCCUGGCGCCUCCAGUUCGCCCAGCUUUCCUCCGCAGCCAUUCCCCUGUCUCGGAGCAGAGCCCACCUGGACCGCUGAGCUGGCAGGAGCUGGCCCCACCUCGAACCGGGCUAUGGCCGAUCCCAGAGGGCAGUUGCCCGAGGAGGUGCUGGCGCUCAUCUUCCGCCACCUAUCCCUGCGGGACCGCGCCGCUGCCGCUGGGGUCUGCCGGGCCUGGGCCGCCGCUGCCACCUACAGCAUCGUGUGGCGUGACACAAACGUCAGUUGCGACUGUGAGGGGGAAGGCAUGCUACCACCGUCUCUAUCCGCCUGCCUUGACCACAUCCACAAUUUGCGUCUGGAAUUUGAGCCAUCGAGGGAGCCGAGCCGCCGGACGGCCACAAAGCUGCUGACGGCGCUGGCGGGCCGUGCUCAGGGGUUGCGAGGCCUGCGCCUGGAGUGCCAUGGAGAGAAGCCUCUCUUUGAUGCGGGCAGCGACAUCCUGGACGCAGUGCAAGCCGUCUGCAAGGCUGCCCGCGCGCUGCGCCACCUGGACCUGCGGCGCUUGCCUUUCACGUUGGACGACGCGCUGGUGCUGCAGGUGGCACGAGGCUGCCCCGAACUCUGCAGCCUCUUCCUGGACAACUGCACUCUCGUGGGCAGCGUGGGGCCCGAUUCCGUACUCGAGCUCCUGGCGGCCUGUCCGAGAGUGCGCAUCCUCGGCCUGCACCUUGCCAGCCUGUCGCGCGCCACCCUCGAAGAGUUGGCCGCGCCGGACCGCGCGCCUUUCGCGCUCUUGGCCCUGCGGUGCGCGUGUCCCGAAGACGCGCGCGCGCCCGCUUUGCCCGACGAGGCCUGGGCUGCAAUGCGGCGCCGCCACCCGGGGCUGGCCGUGGAGCUGGAAUUAGAGCCGACGCUGUCUGCCGACACCGUGAGGCGCGUCCUCCAGCCUUCGGUACCCGUAGCUGCGCUGCGUCUCAACCUCUCGGGCGAUUCCGUAGGCCCUGUGCGCUUCGCAGCGCACCACUACGCCACAAGCCUGCGCGUGCUGGAAGUGCGCGCCGCCGCGUCCGCCGAACUGGACGCUGCGCUGGAGGAGCUGGCGACGCGCUGCGCGGGCCUGCGCGAGGUGCAUUGCUUCUGCGUGGUGCGGCCCACCGUGCUGGGCGCCUUCCGCGCUCACUGCCCGCGCCUGCGCAGCUACACGCUCAAACUAACGCGCGAGCCGCAUCCCUGGCGGCCCACGUUGGUGGCGUGA